GUCGGGAGACACAACCUUUUUUCCUUUGGUGUCAAUUUGAUCAGCUGUUCCGUCACGAUCAUGCCGUACCAAUUUGGUCACUUCGACCUACAGCAAAAAAUCCACAGCAAAAGCUAGCUGAACCAAUCUAAAAUAAGCUUCUGCUAUGAGUUAAAAUCUGUUAUGUUACGUGCUGCUGAUAUACAGUUUGUGUAUAGUGUCCUUUGCAUGGGGGGAAAGGAAGAAAGACAGUCACACGACCCGAAAAGGUCGAACUCCAAGAAAAAAAGAAGCCCGAGGUCGUUGCCUUUUCGCAUGAAUCUUAUGGCACAAUGAAGUUUGCAAAAAAGUUAGAAACUGAUACAGAAAACCUUCCCGAUGAACUGAGGAAACAUUUGAUACGAUACAAGUAUCUUAAGAAAGCUAUUUCGAAAAUUGUCGACGAAAUGGAGCAAAGAGGACUUUCAGCGACAUUACUCAGCGAAUGGCUCCGCAAGUCUAGUGGCGAGACAGAGGGAGCAGACGAUGAUAGCUUGAAAAUUGAAUACUUUUUUGUAGGUCAGCCUCCUGACAUACGGACAUGCAUUAGAAUUACUUAUCUGGAAAAUGAUCCCCGCAUACAGCAGUUGCUCAAACCAACGGAAGUUGCGGGCAACGAUCAAGAAGUGCUGCCUACACCACUUGAAUUCCGUUACUCAAAGGACGACACUGAUUAUUUUUCCUUAAGUCCACCGCCAUUGAGCGUCCUUUCAGAUCAACAACUUAGAGAAAAUGUUAGUUCGCGACGGGAAAGCAGUAGCUCAGCCAAGCUUGCCAAAACACUUCUUCAGUUGUCCUUAAAUGAAUCCAAAGAACAUAAUCACCAACCGAGAACUUCAGAACAUGACGGAAUUGAAGAAAUUGAGAGGACGAAGACUUUGGUUAUAGAAUUGGAACAAGAUGAUGAAUUUUUCCAAAUGCUCAUGAGGGAACUAAAUGAAAUCACGGAUGUUCAAGAAGAGGCGAAGAACAAGUUUGAGAAAGAUGUGUAUGAUAUGGAGAGUAAACUAAGCUCCCUGGUAACUGUAGCCAAACCAAAGAAGUCUGAUCUGUACACGUGGAGAGAAAUAUUUCGGAUAUAUAUGGACGCAGAAGUGUUUCAGGGAAGUCAUGAACUCGACAGAUCAUUGAGGUCAGCAGAAAAAUCAAGACAACAGAUGGAAUGGUUUACUGCAGAACUCCGACGGCUGAACUUAAUACCCAAGAUAAUGAGCAAAGGAUCUAGGCGCGUUUACGAACAGUUUUUGGCGCUCAAUGCAGAAUUGAUCAAUAUCAAGCAGUUUCAAGCGAUGAAUCAAUUGGCCAUGUUCAAAAUUUUGAAGAAGCACGAUAAACGGAGUGGCUUAAACGCAAGCUCCACCUUUCCAAAUUUAGCCAGCACAGAUGUUCUGUUCAAUACCAAGCUGUCAAAGCUAUUGUAUGCGUCCGUAACGGACAAACUUGUUACCAUUGUACCGCAACCGGAUGACUACAGCUGUCCGAUUUGCAUGAGCAUUGCCUGGCGGCCUAUUCGACUGGUGUGUGGCCAUAUAUUCUGUGUUCGCUGUUUGAUUAAGCAACAGAGGAAGAACAUGCCCAAUUGUCCCGUGUGCCGAAAAGCAAAUGCAGUUCGCUUCGCUGGUGCAGAUCAAUUGGACGUAGAACUCGAAACUAAAAUAACCACAUACUUUCCUAAAGAGAUCAAGGAAAAGCGAAAAGAUAACGACCGCGAGCAAGCUAUUGAAGAUGUGCAAGCUAUGACUGGUCGCAAAUAUAGUCCGGAACAACUUCAGCGUAUGCAAAACGAACGAGGUUGCAUCAUUAUGUAGACUAUAGUCGCUUCUCAACCUAGACAUCCUCCAUUUACUAUUACCUAUUUUUCAUCUUCUUUGCAUUAAUCCUUUUUUACUCAAUCACAUAUUUUUACUUUGUACUUUGACAACACAACAAUGUUAUUGAUAGAUGUAUCAAUUCUACAAUAGAUAUUUACAAAUGUAUCUAAGCAGCGUCGGCAGCAAUCGUUAUAACGAAAAAUGUAUGCAGUUAUAUCAAACUGUUCUUCUCAAUAGCCCGCAUGGUAAGUUCAUAUGCAG